UGUGAUACUAAUUAGCAAAGAUGGCGCUGGAUGUCGCAGGCAAUAUGGAGUUCUGCUUGGCACAUGAUGAUACGUCAAUGUUAUAUCUAUAAUUUUAUCAGAAUUUUGCAAUAUUGAUACUAAUACGCGUGAGAGAGAACAUUCACUGAGAGAAUUUAUCCAUUGUUUAAUAUUAUUAUGCUUUUGAGAAGAGUUUUAUUUCAUAUGAGAUACGUAAUCUUAUGCCAAACAAUCUUAUAGGUUAUAGUCUUGAAUUGAUUGACAGAACGAAAAGAUGUAUUUUAAUAUAUGUCGGCGAUUGACACGAACUUGCGUUAGACAAAUAUAUACCAACGUAUCGCGAAAUUUAAUGAAAGAUCACUCUGACACCUCGUUUCAAAAAAGGAUACGCUCAACUACUUUGUAUUGGACUGGAGUCGGAGUUCUGAUAGUUGGAUUGAGUUACUCCGCAGUGCCUUUGUAUAGAAUGUUUUGCCAGUCAUAUAGUUAUGGUGGAACGAUAUCAGCUGGUCAUGAUACUACUAAAGUGAGCACAAUGUCACCUGUUAACAAUAGGAAAAUCAAAAUUAAAUUUAGUGCAGAUACAGCAGCAUCGAUGCAAUGGAACUUUAAGCCACAGCAAACAGAAAUUACAGUUGUUCCUGGAGAGACAGCUUUAGCAUUUUACACAGCCACGAAUCCAACCAAUGAACGAGUCAUUGGAAUAUCCACAUAUAAUGUUUUACCUUUUGAAGUAGGACAAUACUUUAAUAAAAUACAAUGUUUCUGUUUUGAAGAACAGAUGCUUAAUCCGCAUGAACAAGUCGAUAUGCCAGUGUUCUUCUAUAUUGACCCAGAAUUCACAGAAGAUCCAAAAAUGGAAUUUGUUAAUGAAAUAGUCUUGUCUUAUACAUUCUUCGAAGCCAAACCAGGAUUCAAUCUGCCUAUACCAAGCUAUGCCAAAAGUCAUUCAGUAAAGUAAAACGUUAUUAUUUCCGAUAGUUACUAUAAUUGUACAAAAUAAAUAUUUAAUGCCUUUUUUUCAAA